CUUCCGUUUAACGAGAGGAAGAACUUCCGAUAGCGCGCGUGGAAUUAGCGUUUGAUCUGUAUAGCCGUUGAUUUUCUGUGACUGAAAUAAUCUAAGUUUGGCUUGUUUUAUUUAGCUGUGUUAACCAUUGGCAUCGUCUUACUGAACGUAAGACAAGUUGUGACCGAGCUGGCUUAGCUGGUGUACGUGAUGACUGUGUGGCUACCCGCAAGGACAGAGUAGUACUGUAAAUAUGUAACUGUAUUUAAAAUCAGGUUACGCAUAAAUGUCGCAUUCGAACUCCUAAGAGUGAAGGGGGCUGCAUAUGCCGCUUUAUUUUUCGCCAGCAAUAAGAAGACAGAUAUUUUCUACAUCCUUCCUACAAUAUCACAGCUCAUUUAUCCUCUCACACAUUUGGGCACGCCUGCUAUUAGCCAUAAAACUGAAGCUGGACAUCAAGGAAAGAUUGGGAUGUCCACGAAGCAGAAGGAGAAAAAUGAGUGUAGUCACUUAGGUGAUGCACCUGAAAUGAAGGGAAAGCCCUUCGAUGGCUUGAAACUCGCAUCUCAUGAAGUUUUGGAAAGAGCCCAGAUGACGGGCAGGUCGAAGUGCCCCAAGUGUAACGGUUCAAGGAUGUUUUAUUGUUACACGUGUUUCUCAUUAGUAGGCGUGAACCAAGAUGAAGUACCCAAAAUCAAGCUUCCAGUUAAAAUAGACAUCAUUAAGCAUCCUCAUGAAACUGACGGAAAGAGCACUGCGGCACACGCCAAACUUAUUGCGCCUGAUGACGUCACCGUUUACACCUACCCCUGCAUCCCGGAGUAUGAGAAUGAGAGAUAUAAUGUUGUCUUGGUCUUCCCUGGUCCGGGUUCAGUGACCAUAGAGGAAAUGAUGGAGGAGCUACAGGUACUUAGGGUCCCUGAUAAAGGUGAGGCCGCUUCUGCUGGGGAGCCCUCCCCGAAGAGGGCGAAGAGAGAUGAUGAGUCUGAAGAGAGAGACGGCACAAAAGUGCAACAGCGAGCCUUUGUGCUCCAAAAGGUCGUCUUCAUUGAUAGCACAUGGAAUCAAACAAAUAAAAUAAUCUCAGAUGAGCGGCUCCAAGCCUUGCUGCGAGUUGAACUGAAGACAAGGAAAACCCAUUUUUGGCGUCACCAGAAGGGGUCCCCAGACACAUACCUGGCAACAAUUGAGGCCAUCUAUUACUUCCUGAAGGAUUACCAUGUGCUCUGCCUGUCACAGGACUAUCAAGGAGACUACGACAACCUCCUGUACUUCUUUGUAUAUCUGCACAAGCUGAUUAACAGUGCUAAGCACGCUGCGGGGAAGCUGUAAACAUAGCCUUCGUGUCCCAAUGUUUUUCUUAUUUGGCAGGCAGACAUUGGCUGUAAGAUCUACAGAAUACUUGUCCUGUUGUAGAUAUGACUGUAUAUAAUGUCCUGGUUGUUAUAUUUAAUUUUUUUUUUUUUACAUUGAGUUUUUACAAAUGACACUAUUAGAUUGUAAUUCAACAAUGUCUGGUUUUGUUUUGGAGCUGAGAAAGGGCGUACGAUAAGCACUGCACAGAACAUGCUUUCCAUCGCUCUAGGGAAUGCAAAUCUGGAAAUAAAAAGUAAAAAAAAAACAACCAUUCAUUUAUGAAUCUUUCUGUAUAAAGUAAAUGCCUCUUAUUAAUCCACAAAGUUGCCCGUCAGUGCAGAGAAUAAAUUAGUGAAAUGUA